AUGCUACUAAUAUUCUCGUCGGAAGCAGGGACUAAAGAACACUUCCCGGCUCUUCGUUCAACUAAGGCAGCGAAGGCUGUAUCUUAUUCUCCAUGCGGGAGCUAUGUUCCUCUCACCCCAGAGGGCUCGCACCCUAACGUGCCUAUGCCGAAGGAGGCACUUCCAUCAUCUUCAGGCUAUCUUCCCGUCAGCACGUCCACUCCUGAGUCUCGAAUGUUCUAUACAUACUACGAGGCGACGGAACCGUCAAGAUCGCUUGCAGAGACUCCGCUUCUUCUUUGGCUUAACGGUGGUCCGGGUUGUUCGAGUAUGAUCGGCAAUUUCUAUGAGAUUGGUCCCUGGAAUGUCGCUAUAACAGAUGACGCCAUUGACAGCCUUCACCUGAAAAAGAAUCCAUGGGCGUGGAACAGAAGAUACGGCCUGCUAUUUAUUGAUAAUCCGAUUGGCACAGGGUUCAGUGUCGCGGGAAGCAUCGAGGAUAUCCCUCAAGACCAGCCUACAGUGGCAAAGCACCUCUAUAAUGCCCUAUCAGCAUUCUUUGACAUGCAUCCGAGCUUGUGUGGCCGUCCAUUCUUUGUUACGGGGGAGUCAUACGCUGGGAAGUAUGUGCCUGAGCUCAGUUGCUUGUUGAUGCAGCAGCAGCAGCGAGACCAGGGCCUUCCAGUGGAGUUAGCAGGAAUCGUUGUCGGGAACGGUUUCACAGACCCUCGGAUACAGGUUCAAGUUCAUGAGCAUGUUGCUAGGGCCUUCAACAUGCUCACUGACCGCCAGGCAGACUAUGUGAAGGAAGAGGCCAAAAGAGUGGUUCAACUCAUAGACAGGGAAGAAUGGGAAGAGGCUCAUUAUGCACGCACCGCACUGUGUGAGUGGAUAGAGCACAAGGCAGGAACCCCAACGUUGCUGGAUAUUCGGCGGCAUGCCAAGUACCACGCGACACAGGGUGGAGUGGAGUACCUUUCAUUGUUUCUUAAUCAACCUCAUGUCAAGGAAGCACUCCACGCUGAACCAAGUAUUUAUUGGGCCAGUUGCAGGCCACACAUUCGACGCCACCUUGCUCGGGAUACAAUGAAGAGCAGCAAGAAAGCAAUGGAGCAAGUGCUUUCAGCAGGUGUCCCUGUGCUGCUGUUUCAGGGCAUGUUUGACGCUAAGGAUGGCCCUACCAGCUCUGAAGCGUGGAUGCGCACUCUGUCCUGGAGUGAUGCAGACAGGUUCUGGGAUGCCAAGCGAGUGGUGUGGCUUGUAUGUGGAAGGAGAGAAGGAUAUUGGAGACAGUGGAAGAAUUUGACGCAUGUGAUUGUUACUGGUGCUGGACACCAAGUGCCUGCUGACCAACCUGAGGCUGCAGCAGCCAUGAUUGAGACAUGGGUGGAGCAACACAUCUCGCUGGGAAGGCCAAUCUCAGAGGUGCAUAUCGAUCAGCCCUUAGCUGUGGGUAUUCAGCCCGAGCUGGCUCUAGAAGCUGCAAUGGCCUCGCUGGGCAAUGGUACAGGGAAUCAUGCGCAUAUGAGAGCAUGA